CUGAUCCAGGAUUUGUAUUUUGAGUGAAAGUGCAGAGGAGGCCGAGGCAAUGGCGACAGCCCCGGCGCCCUUGAUUUGGAAGAUAGUGAAGAAGAACAACUCUUUUCUAGUGAAGCAGUUCUGUAGUGGAUCUUCUAGCGUUCAGUUUAGCAAAGAAAGCAACAAUCUUUACAAUCUCAACUCCUACAAGCACUCUGGUUUGGCAAACAAGAAAACAGUUACCAUUCAGCCUGGGAGCAGGGAUCAGUUGGUUCUGCUUGCAACUACUAAGAGAAGAGACAGAACAAACCUGCAAACUUGAUUCACAAGUCUCUUGUGAGAAGAGUUCCCCAGGAUGGUCAAGGCUGUAGCAAACCACAGCAGAAGCCAAGGGAGUCAUUAGUCAAACAGGAAUAAGAUUAGAAGAAAAUUAGAUGUUAAACAAGUGUCAGUGGUGGGACAGCAACAUGGAUUCUGGUCCUGUUGCAACUUUCCAGGUUCACGAGUACUUGAGACCUAAGCAAUCUCUUUCGUGUCUGGUUGUACUCCGGGAAGCAAUGAGGCAACAAUUUUUGGAAGCUAGCAAAAAUCUGAUGAGUAGACAAGUUCAGACUCCCUCAAGACCUUCCAAAUCCCUUGGUGGUAUAACAUGUGUUGUAAGGCGAGGAGCAGAAAGCCCUUCAGUGGAUGCCAAUGGAAAUUCUUUUGAUUUCACCACAAAAUUGCUGCAUUUAGCAUGGCACACAACCGAAAACUCAAGUGCAUAAGACAUUCCAAGAAGGGAAUGUGGGAAUGUAUUUGCUUGGUUAACCUUUUUGGGUUGCUGUUGGAGAAAGAUCCUUUACUUUUCCCACCAACCGGUUGAGUUAAAAGCUACAUCAAUUCUCACAAUUGAAGUGCCCCAUAAAUCUUUAGCACAAGC